CCACUGUGCAAGGCUGUCACUUUGGGGCUGGGAGCUGUGUGGAGCUGCAGGAGUAUCUCCUACCACCAUCUUCUGGAAGGCACCAAGAACUACAGGCUCUGCCAAGUGUCCUGGGGUGUGUGAGGAGUCAGCCAGGAUGGCAAGUACGGAUGUCUUAGUGAAACACGUGCUGAUGAAUAUUAUCUUCUCACUUCAGCCCAUCUGUCAGGCAGCUUAUAACAACGAUUUCAACAAAGUUCAUCUCCUUUUGGAGAGCAACAGCGACUGUUUGAAUGUCCAGGACAGCUUCUUUGGAGACACCCCCUUAAUCUGUGCAUGUAAACAAGGAAACAACAGGAUAGUUAACUAUCUUCUUAGGAAACAUGCUGAUGUCAACCUCAGAAAUAAGAAGGGCUGCACUUGCCUCCACUAUGCUGUGAGGAAACGGUUCACCUUCCUUGACUAUGUGCUCAUCAUAAUCCUCAUGCCAGUUAUGCUCAUUGGGUACCUUCUCAUGGUUUCAAAGACAAAACAGAAUGAACACCUGGUCAAGAUGCUGCUUAGAGCUGGAGUGGAUGUGAAUGCUACAGACUCUUCUGGCAGCACAGCCCUUCACUAUGCUUGUGAAAUGAAAAACCAGGCAGUCAUUCCUCUACUGCUAGAAGCUCAUGCAGACACUUCUGUAAAGAAUCAGAAUGGGGAGACUCCCCUAGAUAUAGCAAGAAGAUUACAGUUCCACAGCAUUGAAAGCAUGAUAAGAAAAGAUUCUUAGCCAUCAAGGACUCUCAAACAUGCAGAAAAUUACCUCAUCUGACAACCCACCUUUCACAACAGCAGAAGUGCUGCAGAGGUUGGGGGCUGAUGCUUGAUAAAGACUCAGUCCACAUCCACCCCUUCCUUGCUGCAAACUUGGACAAUUUUGUGUGAGAUUUAUCAGUGCCCCAAGGCCAUGAAGUUCAUUUUGUUUUACUAAGCCAUGAAUUACUACAACAGUGUUCAAAAUAUCGCCCUUUCCAUCUGCUUCAUCAUAUUACUUGACUUCUGCAGACUGUGGAUUUUGAAAGCUAGCUAUAAAAUAUCUGGAAGCCUAAACAUUGCAUAUGAUGGUUGGCAGCCAACGCAAAAAUAAAAUAUCCUUUAGAGUGUGUGCUACUUGUUAGCUUCCAUAGGGAAGCUAAACAAUGUGCUACAGCAGUUAUAAAAGGUCUGGUAUCCUUCUUCUUAGUAUUUAUCUUCCUACAAUGGGAGGGGCUGGGAAAACAGAUCUCUCAGCUGAGCCGUUCGUCCUUCCAUCCUUCCUACGAUUUUCACACACCUUAAUUCUCCCUGUGUUACUACAAGAGUAGGACUUAGAUUUCAUCUAAGAAACAGCAAAAAGAGAUUCAAUGCCUUGCUGGAUUAGGAAAGAAAGUCAAUUCCCAGAUCACUUAAAUGCAUUAAGAAAUAGUAAAGAAAAUAUAUUUGGCUCAGUAGAGAAACAGGUCUCUAGACUACCUUUCCAAUAUAAACCGUGCACUAAAGAAAAAAAAAAAAGAGUCAAUAAAUGAAAUGCUGUUGAUGGAAACCAGAUGUGUCAUUCCCAUGGGACUAGGCAGGAUAGCCUGCUGUACAGAGUGGUGCAUGCAGCAGGGGAUAAUACCAAUCAUAAUAAUAAUAUAU